AUGGGGUAUUUCAACACCUCAUUGUGCCUCACGCCGGAAUGUGUACAAACAGCGUCGACUAUCCUGCAGUAUAUGGCACCCAAUUACCAGGCGCUUGAUCCUUGCGAAGACUUCGAUCAAUACGUAUGCGGGGGUUAUCCUAGCCGGUUUCCUGAAAGAGAGAGCUCCGCUCCGCUGGACGAGAAAACCAUCGAUAAUGCAUUCAUCAUAAAGACAGUGCUGGAUGCAGAGUAUCAUGGAGACUCGAACAAGUCCUCGAAAGCAGACCGUGAUGUAUUCCAACUCCUUCAGGACAACUACCGUGCCUGUAUGGAUGCCUCGGCAAUCGAGGCCGAGACAGAGAGUUCAGCAAGAGCCAUCUUCAGUGAUAUCAUGGGUCUUUUCCCUGUGUCAGACUCUGAAUAUAUCCCAAAUGCAACUUACUCAGUCAAUGACUACGAAGCUUGGUCGAGCCUCCAAGCCUACCUCAGCUUCAUCGACAUCCACGUUCUCUAUAAAUAUUCCCCAUUGAACAAUUACUUUGAGAACACUACUACAUAUGUCCCAAGCAUCGACCCACGCAGCGCCACCUCGCUCGGGAGUCAAAACGCCACGCAACUUUCUUCGAAGCUACAAGCCAUCUUCGUCAGUGACACUGCUAGAAAUGCUUCUGAUGAAAUAGCACAAGGCGUUGUAAACUUGGAGGCUCAAUUGCAGUCUGCAAUCCAGUUAAUCACCAGCGAAUAUGGCUUCCUAGCUGGAUCAGACAAUAUCUCAUCGCUACCCGUCGAACUUUCAGUCUCCACAGUCAUGAAAGACCUAGCACCCGCAGCGUUCAAGUUGGAGAAAGCCAUCAUUCCUGACCAGAAAUACUUCGCCAACAUUUCCGCCAUCCUCAAAGCCACCCCCAAGGCCACUAUCCAAGCUUAUUCACUUUUACUGGCCGAGUCUAGUCUCUCAUCAGUUUUACUGGUUGAUGAUACGCAAACUGAUAUACAGCGCUUUGAAAAGGUGUGCUCUGCACAUAUUGACAAGACCAUGGGCUGGAUUGCCAGCAAGGUCUUUGUGGACGCCGCAUAUAGCGACGGAUUAACCAGCUUUGUCGAUACCAUUGUUGAAGAUCUGAGAUCAGCCUUCAUGGCUCGAAUUGAUGCCAACAAGUGGAUGACUGAUGCAGCGAAGAAGAUUGCAAAGGAGAAGGCCAAAGCGAUCAAGAAGAACAUUGCUUACCCCAAAGAGGUUCCAAAUGUCAAGAAUGCGACUGAUCUACUGGAGUUUUAUGAGGGAUACACAGUCAGCGACUCGCAUUUCAACAACACCAUGCAGUAUCGCCAGCUGAAGAAUAAGCGUAACUGGAACCAGCUUGUGAAACCCACUCCUGAGUGGGAUUCCAGUAACCACGCCUACAUUGUCAACGCUCAAUACAACCCGCUGCUGAACAGCAUGUUCUUUCCGGCGGGGAUCUUGCAGAAUCCCUUCUUCAGCACCGGCAUCCCUCAGUAUCUAGCGUAUGGAGGCUUUGGGGCUAUCAGCGGUCACGAAAUCACACACGGCUUUGACGCGCAGGGUUCUCUUUUUGACAAGAACGGGCUGCUAGUCGAGGCACAGUAUGAUAACAAGACAACCCAAGGCUUCCUUCAACGGACAAAAUGCUUCAUUGAGCAGUACAGCAACCACUCGCUCCACGCCGAUUUCCCCAUUCAAGGAUCGCCAAUCCGAGACCCUAAGACGAACAGCACUCUUCACGUGAAUGGGGAGAAGACUCUGAACGAGAACAUUGCUGACGCCGGUGGUGUGGCGACAGCCUACACCGCGUGGCUGAAACGGAGGGAGAGCGAACCGCAGAACAACCCCAAGCUCCCCGGACUCGAUAACUUCACACCCGAGCAGCUGUUCUUCGUCUCUUUCGGGCAGCUCUGGUGCCAUCGUCAGGAUGCCAAGGGUCUCAUUACCCAGGUGUCGACGGAUGUACACGCGCCAAACCAGUCCCGAAACCGGGGAAUGACGGAGAAUUCUGCGGAGUUCAAGAAGGCCUUCAACUGUAAGAAAAAGCAGCCCGUGUGUGAGAUGUGGUAG